AUGAGUGUUUCGAAGUAUCUUCCUAUUCAUGUGUCCACCUCGCAGAAAAUCAUCAUACUUUCGGUAUCAGCCGGGGUAGCCCUGUUGGGAGCCCUUGCGGCUUACCUUGGUCGUCGGAGAACUCCACUGCCCCAGCAGCGCCGGAUACGAAAACCCUGCAACAGACGGACGCGCAACAGUGUUCGCAGCCCGAACGAUAUCAUGUCCGUGGCUGGUUCGAAGGUGUCUGCCCGUUCGUACAGCCCCAGCGGAUCGGUCCAUGCAAUCUCUGAUCGGAUGUCGCUUGCGUCCGGUUCACUGGUAGCUGCCGGAGGUGCAAUCGGUGCAAUGGGCACGAUAGCCAUUCUUGGCAACAGCACACCCCUUACACCGCAACAGCUCGGUGUGAUGGGCAUGGAAGCGCUAGAGAACGUCGUAAGCUAUUGGGAGGAUGCACUGGCUGGGCGCAACGAUGUGGACAUUCCCGGUCGGGCGGCGAAUGCCGAUGAGGAUGAAUUUUGCCGUGAACUGCAAAACCUGCUGGAUGCGGCGUACAACCUACAGGAACAAGGAGAGCUACUGUUCUUGGACGAACGAUCCGUGCUUUACCGGGACGAUGAGCGAAAAGCCAUUACGGGCGGAGAGCAUGGUCUAACGAACGGUCACCGUUCCGGUUCGGAUCCGAACUUUGAUUCGGCCGAAAGUUUUGCUUCCGCGCUGGAUCAGGUGGCCGAUUUGCGUGAGUUCGAUGACACGGAAUCGUUCAUGGACCUGGAACGAUACCCGCUGUACUCGAGCGCCAUAGACACGAUGGAUGAGCAACAGAUACCGUAUCGAACGUUGCGGACCGAUAUGGUCGGCUGUGCGUCCGAUACAGAGUACCUGGCAAAGCUGCACUGCAUACGAUUAGCUUUUAAAUUACUAUUUAAGGACCCCAAAAAUAGCCGCUGGGUGGCCGAUACCGGGCGACAGAUACUGACCGAUCUGCUCUGCCUCGGUGAUAAGGAUCCGAAGGAUUUUCUCGUCGCGUACGAAUCGAUGCUGGAGUUUCUCCAAAACCCAAACAACUGGAACGACAUCGAGCUCGAGCUGGAAUCGCGCAACGUGAAGGCAAUGACGUUCUACGACGUCGUGCUGGACUUUAUCAUACUGGAUGCGUUCCGUGAUCUGGACGCACCACCCAACAGCGUCCUUGCCGUCAUCAACAAUCGCUUCCUGUCGAACGGCUUCAAAGAGUCGGCCCUCUCGACGGCCGUCUGGUCGGUGCUGAAGGCGAAAAAGCGUAUGCUCAAGUUCCCGAACGGGUUUAUGUCCCACUUCUACUGCAUCACCGAGCAACUGUCGCCGCUGAUGGUGUGGGGUUUCUUCGGACCGAACGAAAACCUUAAGGAGGUGUGCCAAUACUUCAAGGACGAAACCAUUGGCUUCCUGAGCGACAUCUACAGCUUCCAGAAGUGUCGCUACACUACCGUCGAGGAGUUGGCGGAAGACAUUCUCGAAAAUAUGCGCAAACGCGUUAACAACAUCGGCGUGAAGUUCAAUCAGUAG